AUGUCGGGCUUUCUUACCAUCUGCCUCUUGGCUGCCUUCAUAGCUACAGGGAAGUCUUUAUCGUGCGAGAGUUGUUGGAGCUUUGGCCAUACCUGUGAAGGACAUUUGGAGGACUGUCCUCCUGAUAAAGACAUAUGCGGCAUCACACAGAUGAGAAAGGACUUCGGUCAUGAUGUCACUGAGAAGGCUUGCUUCCAUUCUAGAGAUUGCAACAAACCCCUCCUUUCUAUCGCGUAUCGCAUUGGAAGACAAUUCUGGACCAGAACAACCUGCUGCGUGGGAAAGGAGUGUGAGAAAGUCGUUCCACCCUUGCCACGCGACAACACCAACCUCAAUGGGAAGAAGUGUCCAGCUUGCUAUUGGUCGAACAGUCAUAAGUGCAAGGAUGAGGUUAUAGAAUGCAUGGGAGACAACAUCUAUUGUGUUGAUUGCACAGCGACUGCAAGCUCUGGUAAUAGGACUACGCCCUUUGUCCUGAAGGGUUGCACCAACCGCAAUGUCCUCAAAGAUGUUCGUGUGGGUACCUCUUCAGAUUUCUUCACUAUUGAUCAAUCCAGUGAUGAGAACUCAUCCGCUGUCCAGGACAAUGAUGUGCCUGUCUCGUUAGAGAAACUUACCCAAGCCUUGUUCAGAUACGAUGAGGGAUGGGCACGAACAGGCUCACAAACUAAAGUUCAUCACAAAUCGCAAAGGCAAGAGCAAUAG